UCCGGUCCACAAAUUAAUCGAUCCCUUCGGCCAGUCUUAUGGGAUUUUUUAAAAAACAGGAGAUUUUCCACUAUCCUCUUUCCUAUUAUAUGUCUCUUGAUUCUCUUCAUAAGAAUUUCAUAUCAAACUUUACCAAUUAAUGGAAAAUCCACUGUUCUUGAGAACCAUCUCCUUCUCUAUUUUCCUACUCAGACUGUUAGGGCAAACAUUAGCCUUAGACACACCAUGCAAGACCACAUGUGGCUCUAUACAAGUUAAGUACCCUUUCGGCACUGGGACCGGCUGCGGUUCACCGCGGUUCUAUCCCUACGUAGCUUGUUCAGCCGCCGGAGACCAGUUCCUCCUCACCACCCAUACAGGUUCUUAUCCUAUCACCUCCAUUUCCUACACUACCUCCACCAUAACCAUAACCCCACCUACCAUGUCUACAUGCAAUUCCAUGCGACAAUCACCCAAUUUCGGCCUUGAUUGGGCCAGCCCAUUUCAAAUAGGCCCAUCAACUUUCCUCCUCCUCUCUUGCCCACCACCGACCUCCUCCCUUACCAUGAAAGGCUCACCUGUCUGUGACACAUCCUCAUCCUACCUUUGUGCUUCUAUUUACACAUGUCCAGCAGUUAUCGGACUCGGCUUACCGCUUUUCGCACCCACAAAUACAUGCUGUGUUUAUUCUCCGGCUAACUUCAAUGGAAAAGGUGAACUUGAUCUUCACUUGCUAAAGUGUUUAGGGUAUACUUCAAUAGCAGGUUUUCAUGACUAUCCAACUGACCCGACCCGGUGGGAAUAUGGGGUGGUGUUGAAUUACAAAAGUGGAGCUUAUGAUGAUUUUUACAUCGAUAACAAAUGUAAUACUUGUGAGAUAAGUGGUGGCAUAUGUGGUUACGGUCCUCCUGGUGACUCCUUUCUGUGUUUGUGCAAUGGUGGAAUUAAUACUACGACAGAUUGUAAUGGGCAUAGCCAAGAUUUGUGGUUUAAUACAUGGAGCUCCAAUUCAAGACCAUCAUGGAAGAUUUGGUUGGGAAUUUUCAGUGGUCUUGUUCUCAUUGGAACAGCCUGAUAUAUUUCUAGCAUCAGACCCUUGUAUUGGUAUGGGAAAAGCUGCAAGGGAUCAAAGUUAGGUCAUAUUUCUCAUUUAUGGGGCUAAAAAGUGUAAAGGAGGAAUAAAGGUUGAAAAGCACCAACACCUUGUGCAUGUAUAGCAACGAUGCCAAUUGCCAGAGAAUCAAAUUAUUCAGUGCAUCCAUCCAAAUGGGUUAAUGCAAUUAGAUUAAUUUUUAUCUAGAUUAUAAUCCAUCACCGAAUAAUUUAAAUUUUA